AUGGCGACGGCAUACAAGAUUAAUGUCCCGGCGACAAACACCGGACUAUGGAAAUUCGAUCAGACAGACGCCACGGCGAGCAAGGUGUCUGAACUACUACAGGAGGAUCUCGAAAAACACCAUGUCUUCUUCAACAACGAUGGCUUCCAUAACCAUAUCCCUCAUCACGUCUUGGCCCUCUUCGGCACCGGCGCGGGCGCUGACGCCAUCCAGAUGGCGUACAAGGGAAACCAAGACUACCAGAGACCAGCCAAGAGCGCCCGUGACACCGUUACAGACGAGCUGCGCAGCUGGGAAAAAGCCAAAAAUUACUUCGGGAAGGAGAAGCACUACCCAGACUUCCUUCGCUUCUUCCAGCGCGAGAUCGAGAAGCUGGGCUGGGAAGCGGUGCUGAACGAGCACCUCUUCAAGGGCGACGAGCGCGCAGACGAACUGUUCCGGCGCAUGUUCUCGGGCUUCAUGCACCCCAUCAUCCAGCUCAUGUACGGCGUCGAGUGGGAGCAGCCCGCCAUCAUAGCCGAGGCCCUGGCCCAGGCCGCGGUACACAGGAACCAGCUCAAGACAUUUUUCGACGAGACGGAGAAGCGCGCCGCUGCCCAGACGACGCCGAUGCCCCUGAUCGCGGACCUUGUUGAUGAGGUUCGUCAGAGCCAGAAGCUUGCGAAAGCCGCCGAGUUGAAGGAAGUGAACGCGAUCUAUCACGGGAUCCUGAAGAGCGCGCCCGAGGAGUUGCUCCGGAUCGCGAGCAAGGUCAAGGUGCGCCCCGAGGAGUUGGACGAGAGGACGGCCGAGAUGUUUCACGCGACCUUCUACGUCGCCGGCGGCGCGGCUCUUCGACCGGGUAAGGAGGCAAAAUGGGAUUUCUUCUUAAUCCACCACACGAACGCGGCGCCCAUGUUCCUCAGCUUCAACUCCAAACCGUGGAUCUCGACAGAGAACAAGGUGCGCAUGCUGGAGCACAAGAUCCGGCUGGAUCUGGUACAGUAUGCGUCGCGCGGGUGUCCGCCGCUGCGUGUGGAGGAUAUCAAGUCGUACAGGCCAAAGGAUACAGAUCAGGGCAAGAGCUUGGUCCCCAAGCUGACUGGUAAGGUGCCCUCUUCGACGCACUCAGAACUGUGGCUGACUGAUGACACAGACCUCCUUCCAAGGUUCUAUAAUAUCGCUGACGAUGGCCACACCAUCAAAGUGGUCAGAUCCCUCGGGAUUUGCCAUGAGCUUUUAUCAAAGUAUGACGAGAAACCCUGGAUCAGAAUCAAGGGCGAUGAGUGGCUCAACCUCACCUACAUGUUGCUAGACGGCACAGAGCACGAUGAGACAAGGUGGGCUCGCUCAGCGGGCUUCCCAGAUGCGUGGAAGGACAUUCCUGCUCGCGAUUGGCUAGCCGACGGCGAUUGGAACACGUCGAGGUUGUAA